GUCUAUGGGACAGAUCGCAGCUCCUCUCCUCACGCAGAUCUCCUCUAGAAGCUCCUCGACGCUCACAGUGUCCUCCGCUCGGAUGGCGUUCGCAGUGCUCUUCAUCUGGGUUCUUCUUCUCUCGAGUCCCGCCGAAUCCAAGCGGAACCGAGGCGCGAUUCCUCACCCGGACAAGAACAACCCGAACGAGUCGGACCAGCAGCAGCAGCAGCAGGCGGCCCCGGGCUCCAGAGGCAGGAGCCGCGGCUCGGAGGAGGUUCUGGAGUCGAGCCAGGAGGCGCUGCAUGUCACCGAGCGCCGCUACCUGAAGCGCGACUGGUGCAAGACGCAGCCGCUCAAACAGACCAUCCACGAGGAGGGCUGCGUCAGCCGCACCAUCAUCAACCGCUUCUGCUACGGACAGUGCAACUCCUUCUACAUCCCCAGACACGUGCGCAGAGAGGAGGGUGCGUUCCAGUCCUGCUCGUUCUGCAAACCCAAGCGCUUCACCACCAUGACCUUCACCCUCAGCUGCCCCGACCAGCAGCCGCCGACGCGGAAGAAGCGCGUGCAGCGCGUCAAACAGUGCCGCUGCGUCUCCAUCGAGCUGGACUAGAACUGGACUGCUGGAAGAGACGCGUCUGUCAGCAUUACACACUACAGAAACACCAGCACCGUUUAGAUUUGUCUGCAAACCCAUUUUCUGGCAUCAGUGUCCACAUUUUGAGUAGUCGUGCAAAAUCUAAUCUUUAAAAGAUUUUUUGAAUGAUUAUUAAACAUGCAGUUUUAUGAGCUCGUUAAUUGAGAGAUGCAUGCAUUAUUUAUAGAACGAAGUUUAGCUGCAGGAUUAAUGAAAAAAUUUAAUUAUGGCCAAAAAUGGUCAGAAUGCACCUACAAAUUUCGAGUAGCAGUGCAUGUGAGUAGUUGACACGGAAA